AUGUGCUUGUUUCGGAAACGAUGCGGGAUAAUCACUCUGCUCGGCACAUUCGCUUACCUCAUCGUAUGCCACGUGGUGUACGAUAGCGGCUCGGCGCGCAGGGAUCAGGGCAUCGACUUCGCCGGUACGCUUAUGAUGGUGACACUCAAGCUGACGUCAUGCGCCUUCGACUACCAGGACGGCCAAUACCUCUCCGACCCCGUCGCCGCCGAUUCCGCCGCGAGUGCCGCUGCUAAUGGGCGGCCCAUCCGCGGUGCGGACCGGCAUUUGUGCGACCUUCCUUCUCCGCUUGAAUUCAUGGGUUACAUGUUCUGCGGCGGGUUACAUCUCACAGGACCGUACUUCGAAAUGAAACCGUACCUCGAGUGGGCGAGGCACGAGGGUGUGUGGUCACGAUCCGCGCGAAAGGCGCCGUUCUUGGUGCCGCUUUUGACGGCGCUGGCAUGGGCCGUACCGUCGGGGCUGCUCCACCUGAUGCUUAAACCGCGUAUGAACGUCGCAAUUACCUCAGACCCCGCUCAGGUCUGGAGCGUUUCGUACGUGGCGCGAUGGGGGUACGCGAUCCUGGCGACGUACGCCGUACGUACGAAGAUCUACUACGUGUGGAUGGUGGCGGAGGGCAGCAUGGUCGCGAGCGGACUAGGUUUCAGCGGAUGGGUGCCGCAACGCGGAGCUGCCGCUUCUAACAGCAGCAGGGGAAGCAGCAGAGCGCGGGGAGAAAAAGCGGAGCUAAGGGGACGGCGCGGGGGACUGGCCGGACAGGCGGAUUGCGAGCCAGUGAGGGAGGUUUUCGGGGAGAGGUGUGUGAACGGUGGUGACGCGGACGUACCUGCACUGACGACUGCGGCGGUCACAGGAAGUGUGAUACUAUCGGAUAGUGAUGAAGACGAGAACAGCGCGCCUGUGAUUAGGGCGAGUGUGCGAAAGACGAGCAGCAAGUCCAGGCCGAGAGUGGCUUUGACCGCAGCUGUGCCGCAGCUGGAGCAGAUCGACUCGGACGAGGAGAGGGAGAGGGAGACGGGGGGGAAGAGGGGGAGUGGGGAGGAGCGGGAGGUGGAAGCUCAGGAGGCGAGCUGGAAGCGGGCGCGCAACAUUGACAUCGUGGGGGUGGAGGCGGUGACGGGCAUGCAUGGCUUCGCCAAGAACUGGAACGUGCGCACCGGCGAAUGGCUCCGCACCUGUGAGUCCGCGUUUCAGCCCCCCUCCCUGUUUGCCUCUCUCUAUCGCUUUCCCGCCACUAGACACAUGACUGCAUCUUUUCUGUCUGUGUUCUCAUCUCACACGUACUCACUCUCUCCUCCCCACGCCAUUCGUCCCCCAACCAUUGACGUGCAGACAUCUACGAGCGGUGUGUACAUUGGCGACUUCUUCUUCGCCCUCAACAUGGCGUGGCUCAUCAUGGGUUCGCGCAUCAUCUACCGCUACCAGCGCACCAUCCCCGCCUCCUCCCGCCUCCUCUCCCUCACGGUCGCCAUGCUGCACUCCCUCUACUCCUUCCUCGGCGCCAACUACUCGGCGCAGGGUUUCAUUCUCCUCUCUGCUUCACAAACACUCGUGGCGUACAGCGGCAUGGGUUGGGUUGGCACGCUGUUGCCUCUCAUUCCUGUGGCACUGUCACAGUUGGGCAAGCUAAGGGGGGCCCGGAUCGCGGAAGUGGCAUCCACAAGACAUUCCAAAGUUCAGUAG